AUGGACGAGAUUGAGAAGGAGCCGGACGAGUACACCCGGCUGCUGAAGUACAUCGACUACGAGGCGGAGCGGGCCAGGCAUGGCGGCGACGAGGGCGAUGAAGAGGAGGAGGAGAAGGAGAUGCGAAGGCUUUGGUAUGCGCCGUGGAAGAAGGUGCCGGUGGACGCUGAGGGGACCAAGAAAGUGCCGCAGAGUUGGCUGGAGACGGACAUGUUGAAAGGGCUGUCCGAGCCGGAGAUUUCUAACCGACGUAAUCGCUUCGGGUAUAAUGAGCUGGAGAGUCCGCGAGAAAACCCUAUCCUCAAAUUCAUCUCGUACUUCCGCGGACCUAUUCUCUACGUGAUGGAACUGGCGGUCAUCUUGGCUGCCGGUCUACGUGAUUGGAUCGACUUUGGCGUUAUUAUCGGCAUUCUGGCACUGAACGCAUUUGUGGGCUGGUAUCAAGAGAAGCAAGCCGGCGACAUCGUCGAACAGCUCAAGGCCGGUAUCGCGAUGAAGGCAACGGUUGUCCGCGACGGUAAGGAGCAGGUGAUCGAGGCGCGGGAGAUCGUCCCAGGCGACAUUGUCGUCGUAGAGGAAGGGCAGACAAUUCCCGCGGACGGCAAGAUCCUCGCUGCGUACGACGACAAGGACCGAUCCAAGGCCAAGUCGAUCUUGGAGAAACGGGAUGCCUCGAAGAAUGGCAAUAACCAUUCCAGUCGGUCGAGCAGUCCCGGCCGAGAGAAGAAGGAGCAGGCUAAUGGCGGACCUGACUCGGGCGACAGGAAAGAGGGCGGACAAGACGACAAGGGCAGGGAGGACGACGAUGACGGGAAGGAGGAUAAGGGUCCCUCGGUGUUCUCGUGCGACCAGAGUGCGAUCACUGGGGAGAGUUUGGCCGUGGAUAAAUACAUUGGUGAUACGAUCUAUUACACUACUGGUGCGAAGCGUGGAAAGGUGUAUAUGGUCGUCGCGGAGACGGCGAGGCAGUCGUUUGUGGGGCGGACGGCGAGCCUCGUCACUGGCUCUAACACGCAGGGCCACUUCCAGAAGGUGAUGAACUCGAUCGGCACGACGCUCUUGGUUCUGGUCGUAUUAUGGCUGCUUGCCAUUUGGAUCGGAGGGUUCUUCCGCCAUGUGCUGAUUGCUACCCCCUCGGAGAAUAACUUGCUUGUUUAUACCCUUGUCAUGCUGAUCAUUGGUGUCCCUGUUGGUUUGCCCUGCGUUACGACGACGACGCUGGCUGUUGGUGCUGCCUUCCUCGCACGACGGAAAGCGAUCGUUCAGAAGCUCACGGCCAUCGAAUCUCUUGCUGGAGUCGAUAUAUUGUGUACCGACAAGACCGGAACGCUCACGGCCAACCAGCUGUCGGUACACGAGCCAUGGGCUGUUGAAGGCGUCGAUCUGAAUUGGAUGUUGGCGGUGGCGGUUCUCGCGUCGAGUCAUAAUAUCAAGUCUUUGGACCCGAUUGAUAAGGUUACGGUUGUCACGCUCAAGGAUUAUCCCAAGGCUCGGGAGAUACUCAAAGAGGGAUGGAUCACCCACAAGUUCACACCUUUCGACCCUGUGUCCAAGCGGAUUACUGCUCAGGUCGAGAAGGAUGGGAAGCAGUACAACGUCGCGAAGGGCGCUCCCAAUGCCAUUCUGAGGCUGGCGAACCCGCCCCGGGAGCUGCAGGAGGCGUACAGGCAGCGCACCCAGGAUUAUGCUAAGCGUGGGUUUAGGACCCUGGGGGUUGCGUGCCAGGAGCAGGGCGGAGAGUGGAAGAUCCUCGGGCUGCUGCCUAUGUUCGAUCCUCCCCGUUCGGAUACCGCUCAGACGAUUGCUGAAGCUGGUGAACUCGGCGUCAGAGUCAAGAUGCUUACCGGUGAUGCCGUCGCUAUCGCUAUUGAAACUUGCAAGCAGCUCGCGCUUGGUACGAAUGUGUACGACUCGCAGCGAUUGAUGACGGGUGGGAUGUCAGGCUCGGAUGUACAUGACUUUGUGGAGAGCGCGGAUGGGUUCGCUGAGGUUGCUCCGGAGCAUAAAUACCAAGUCGUGGAGAUGCUACAGAACCGAGGUCACUUGACGGCUAUGACGGGAGACGGUGUUAACGACGCGCCCUCACUGAAGAAGGCCGAUUGUGGUAUCGCAGUCGAAGGAGCUUCGGACGCUGCUCGCAGUGCCGCCGACGUCGUGUUCUUGGAUGAGGGCCUUUCCACUAUCAUUACGUCUAUCAAAGUUGCGCGGCAGAUCUUCCACCGUAUGAAGGCUUAUAUCGUGUACCGGAUUGCUCUCUGUUUGCACUUGGAGAUCUACUUGACGCUUUCCAUGAUCAUUUUGAACGAGACCAUCCGGGCCGACCUCAUCGUCUUCAUCGCCCUCUUCGCCGACUUAGGGACAAUCGCCAUCGCAUACGAUAACGCUCCUCACGCUCGUGCUCCAGUCGAGUGGCAGCUCCCCAAGAUAUGGAUUAUCUCGACGAUACUUGGUCUCCUGCUCGCUGGAGCUACGUGGAUCUUGCGUGGUACUCUAUUCCUGUCCAGCGGUGGUAUAAUACAGAACUGGGGUAGUGUUCAGGAGAUUCUUUUCCUCGAGGUAGCACUGACAGAGAACUGGCUCAUAUUUGUGACUCGUGGUGCGGGCACUUGGCCAUCCUGGCAAUUGGUCGGCGCCAUCCUCGGCAUUGAUAUUAUCGCGAGUAUUUUUGCUAUUUUUGGCUGGAUUUCGGGCUCGCAGCCUCACAACGGGCACACUGAUAUUGUCACCGUUGUCCGGGUCUGGGCCUUCUCGUUUGGUGUCACUGUCGUGCUUGCUUUAGUGUACUUUAUUCUCAACAAUAUCCCGUGGCUCGAUAAUAUCGGUAGGAAGAAGCGCGGUGUCAAGGACAAGACACGCGAGGACUUCAUUUCUAACUUACGAAUGGUCACUCUUGUGCACCAGCGCGGGGGUAACGGUUCCGAGGACAUCUUCCGCUUCGAACCACAAGCCGAAGUUGCCAAAGGCGAAGAGAAGAAAGAGCAACGAUGACGCCUUUUAGAUGCUACGUACGAACCUCUUGGAUUUUAGCUCGUUAGACCAUCUAUUACGAGGACAGCCCAUGGUAUUGUUGGAAUAACCGGCCUAUACGACAAAAGUGUACACUAUUCUACAAUUCCUGUAUUAUCUGCUUGCUAUACAUUGAUGAUGGCGAUGGAUGGAUUUGCCUCUA